UGCCCGUGGCCUCUUCACCCCGGCGGGCAGCUCCAAGGCUCUGUCAAACCCUCCUGAUCCCCCGUUUCCCUCUCUCUACCUUUCCUCUGAAGAAACAACCCGGCGUUACGUCAGAAAGUGCAGGGCAAGCAAGACAGCGUCUUAGGAGCUAUUCGUAGGCAUUGCUGCCAAACCCGACUCGGGGCUGCUCAUGAGCUCACUGCAGCCAAUGCAAUUUACAAAUCCAACUCUUUUAAAACAGCAGCAGUAUGUGGUAAGUCAAUUAUUCAUUCAUACUGUCUCGUUUUGUCGCGGGGAUUUUUUUUCCUCACAGCUUUCUUCACAUGACAGGUCUCUGUUGCUGGCACAAUUGCGCAAAAAAAAGAAACAGAGCGGAGUUAACUGUGUAAAGAUUUAAAAAAAAAAAAAAGAAAGAAAAAAGAAAUCCGGUUUAUCCUGAAAACACAAUGACAUGAUGAAGCAACAGAGAUUUUUGUCGCACAGAGAUUACUGCAGCUUUUUUGUGCCUUUGAUUCGUUGCUGAUCUCAAAAAAAACAACAUGCCCCACGCUCGAAAUAGGAACCCGAGCCCCAUCCCAGAGGUAACAUGGGACACGGGGCUGAAGGAGAUGAACGAGACCUGGAAGGGAGCUAUAGCCUGCCUCGGGGUGGCCGUCUUCUUUGUCAUGACCAUCGGGAUCAUAUACUGGCAAGUGGUGGACCAGCCCAACAAGAACUGGAUCCUCAGGGGGACUUUCAGCGGACUGAUCUGGGAGAGGAGGACCCACUCGCUGGUCAUCCAGACCCUGACCGAGGACAAGACCUACGUGGAAAUUGACGUGGGGAACGUGGGGAACCCCGACAUCGAGGUCCCCUUCGUGCGGAACCUGUGCUGGCUCAACAAGACUGAAUUCUGCUACACGUGGGACUCGGUGGCGGAGGUGAAGAUCUCCCUGGAGGUGGAUGAGGACGCGGAGACGGAGUGCUACAGCAUGACCUGGACGCCGGUGCACUGCCAUGUGGAGCUGAAGGACUGCUUCUCCAUGACCAACGUGUCCUGGUACGGCGGCGCCAGCGUCCGGGGUCAGACCUGGCCCAUCAACGAUCAGAACGCCACCAUGCAGCCGUUCGUGGUCAGCGACCUGAAGGACAACCCGUCCGGGUUCGGCUCUGCCCUGGAGCGCUACUUCCUGGGCUCGUCGGGUGUCGCCGUGCUGGUCUCUCCAGAUAUUCCCCUGCAGCUCGGCCUGGACAGCAGACAGCAGUUCUGCCUGCAGUCACUGCCUAGUAUGGAGCGUCUCCCGCUGCAGUACACAGUGUGUGUGGCCCACAACAUAAGAGCGGCUCACCAGGAAGCGGUGCGACAGCUCUCCUCCGAGCACAGCAGGGAGCUGCCCAGCAUGAAGGCCCUGUGGCUGCCGUUCUGGAAGCUGCUCUCCAGCGUGGAUUCGGGGCCGAAGGUGGAGAGGGAGCUGAGGACCUUCUCCAAUCGCCUGAGGAGACAUCAGCUCGGGGAGGGAGUCAUCAGCCUCAACGAACAUUCCACCACCCUCCUCUCUGACAUGGACCACGACUACCUCAACAGCAGGAAGAGGGGGAUGUCCAAGAGACUGACCAGGGACCUCCCACUUGUCAAGCUUCUUAACAUUUCCAUCACCCUGUCCCCUUUCCUGGGCGUGGACACCACGCAGUUCCACACCUCCCUGGUGGACGGCACGGAGGCCUACUGGCUCAGCCUCCCCUCAGCCCCUCAGGGACAGCUGAUCCCGGUGAUGAGUCAGUGGAGAGGAAAGUUUUGUGUGAAGUUGAACAUCACCAAUCCGGGAGCGGUGAGCUGGUUCCUGGACCGGGUGGGAUCCCUGCAGGCCCAUCUAGGAAUGGAGUACAUCACGCUGGAGGGGGGCGAGGGGAACGUGUUCGAGGAGCAGGCUCUGCGGCCGCCGCAGGCUCUGGACGGGGACAAGUACAUCAGCCUGCUGGCCGACCUGGCCACCAGGAUCGGAGACUCCAGCAUCAUGACGGCGGGGACACGGUCCAGCCACCAGCCGCUGUUUGUGAGGAUGACCCCCCUGGAGUCGGACUGGAGCCCGAUGGGCCUGAGGGCCGUCAUUCCCUCCCUGCUGCACCACAGCCUGCUGGGAUACAACUUCCUCAUUCCUGAUGCAGUAGGCGGCUCUCUCUCCGGGGAGCUGGUCACCGAUGAGGAGCUGUUCAUCCGCUGGCUGGAGAUCGCGGCGUUUCUCCCCGUUAUCAGCUUCCACACGCCGCCCUGGGUCUGCGGCGAGGAUCAGGUGCUGAACCUAACUCGAUUUUACAUCGCGAGGCACCAGAGGGACGUGGUGCCGCUGAUAGAGAAGUACGCAGAGGAGUGGCAGAUGACGGGAAACCCCAUCUACAGGCCGACGUGGUGGCUCAGUCCCAGCGACCCCAUGACCUUCACCAUCGAUGACCAGUUCCUCAUCGGAGACGAGGUUCUGGUGGCGCCAGUGGUGCAGAAGGGGGCGGUGCAGAGGGAUAUUUAUUUACCCGACGGGGGCUUCCAGUGGCAGGACAGCCAGAACGGGCAGGUGUUCGAUGGCGGGACGUUUCUGCAGGACUACGCCGUUCCCCUGGAGCGGGUGGCGGUUUUCUUACGGAGAAGCUGAGUCACGCGACUUACUGUUACUGUGUCGAAAUGAAUUGUUUAAAAUACUCGUGCUGUUCUCAACUUGCACUUUUCCACUAAAGACCAUUGACCCCGUCUUGAGGAGUUCUCCUGAGAUGAUAUGUAGAAAGAUUUUUUUUAUACUUGCACUUUACUGUUCAAAAUUAUUAUCAUUAUUUUUUUUUUUUCAUUGGUGACGAUUUUUCUCUUCUUUUUUUUUUUUAAUUUUUAAAAAAAUGUUAAUCGGUUUUACCUCUUGGCUGAUUUGUUUCCGGACAUGUUAAUCCAUUUUGCUUGUUUGUUCAUUUUAUUUUUUGUUGUAUAGUUCCGGAGAAAUCUGUGUGUUUACAUACUGCAUUUCGACAGUCUUUAAACUUUUAGUUGCUGCUGGCUUUCUUGAUAAGGAGGAACAAAGCAAGCCCCCCCCCCCCACCCUUGUUUGCUUAAAAGAAUCACAGAAUCUCUCAAGAAGACCAAAUGAAGAUGUAGGAGGAUGUUCGGAGGGGCUUUUUCGAGGGAAUCGCUUGCUGCGUGAAAACCAGAUCACAGAAAGCUACAUCGUGGUACCAGAUGUCUUGUUGAAUCUUUUGAAUAGCUUUUACUUGAACUUAUCAGGUCGAAGAGCUGAUGUUUUCUAAUUUUUGUUUUUCUUUUUUUUGAAUGUACCUCAAGUUACAGUUCUUCACUGCUUUCUGAAGCCCUGUUUGCACGACCUUUUCAAGUGAGCAGUCCAAACUUUGGUUGUAGGGGUCUUGUUAAUACGAUCAAUGGUGGGCGGAGCCACUGAAAACGGCUCCCCAAAGUGGAACUUUGUGACAAUGCUCCGAAUUCGACUCCGUGUCUUUGGGAAUGGGGGAAAAAUGCAGCAUUUUUGAAAAUUUGCCGUUUCCAUGGAAUCAGGGGAACUGCAUGCUAAUUACAUGAUUUUUACACUGCAGUGUAAAUGCGAAAAUUUUCUAAAAUGAAAAGGCAAGAACAAUGUGUUUUUCACUUGAAAGGUCGUGUGAACGGAGCCUGAAUGAUCAGACACAACAGCACAUGUUUUGUCGAGACGUUUCUGAGCGAACCACUCUGUUGGACAUCUCUACUGUCCCUUAGUACUGUACCACCAGGUGAGCUUGAGGCCAAGCCACUGUUAUCUGCAUAUAUUUGAAUUUAGACUAGAAUCCUUAUUAACCUGCUGUAGCAAGGGCUUUUAAAUGAGUGGCUCUUUUUUUUUUUUUUUUUUUUCUAAUUGUCUGACGAUGUGCUGAAAUGCUUUCAUAAGAGUCAAAAUAAGUUCUCCAGAAAGGCUUCCAGAUGAUACCGCACAGGGUCGUUUCGAUGAGUAGCUUGACUUUUGAGGAAAAAAGCUGAUUUGGGAACUUUUUCAGGAGACCGAUAUGUUUUGUCGAUAUGGAACUCAAACCAAGCAGCGAGUUUGCUGAUCGUUGUGUGAAGCGGCCACAUUCAGCCCAGUUUCAUAAAGCCAAUCUUAAUGACACCUUCUGGUGCCUAUUUAUAAGAAUUCAGUAAAAGCCACUAAGUAGCUUCUAAUGUUUAUUUUCUCUACAGAUCCUAACGGAUGUCAAAUGAAAUUUUAAUCGCAAAUUUGCCGAUGAUGUCCGACUGUUAGGAUUACGAUACAAAUAUUUGAAUUGUCUGAUCAAUCACACCAAGACGUUUUUGCAGUUUCCAGUUUAUUUGUUUUUUCGGAGGGGGAAUUAAACCAUCUUCUUCUUGAAAAAUGCUCACGACACAUAAGUGGUACGAUGUCUUUAUGAAAACGAACUGAAAAAUGACCAAAAGGCUUUUUUCUUCAAAUAUUAGACCAACAGUCACAUAGUGCUCUCGAAUUAAAGUAAAAUACUGAUUGAGUCCUUUGCAGAAAUGACUGAAAACAUGGAAUGACUUUUCUAAAUCACGGAGAAGCAUCAGUAGUUUAGUAUCUCAUGUUGUUUGACCUAAUGCUCUAACCCAAUGAGGUGUAAAUCAGACGGCUGAUUACUUUUCUGAUUAUACUGAAAAUCUGAAGAAUUGUAACAAUCUUUACACCAUGUUGCUCCAUAGAUAUAUA